CAGAUUUCCACCCUCUCUUCGCAAAAUAGACUACCUAGAAAAUUGCCAUUGCGGGCAGUUUUACGCAUCCUGUCCCCGGAGCUGGGAUGCCACAGAAGCUUUAAUUAAGCCAAUAUCCCCCGACAGACAGCAUCAUGCCAUACAUUGAGUCGUUCUCCAAAAGGGAGACAGCUCAUUUGGACGGCAGUGUCAAUCAGGGGAAUGCUAGUAGCUAUCCCGAGUUUAUUGAAGAUGGAGGGGUAUCAUGCUACAAUUCUCAGAAUUUACAGGAACCCCCACACCUCUCCGGGUCGUCCCUAGCUCAGGACCAUGAAUCACUUGGGACAACAUCAACAUCGGCAACUGUUUAUAACAAUAACUCAGGCAGUACCUAUUGGUACGAAGGAGGAGGAUUAUAUUUUGCUGAAGAUCCCUUGGUUCUGGAAUCCGAUCAAACCGUUGAUAAUUCCGUGUUUGGAGACAUACACAAUUGGUUGAAUGACUUUAGGCAGCUGACCAAUGAUUCAACCAGCACGGCGGGUACCCGUAUGGAGGAGAAUCAAAGCGGCUAUUCGUAUCCACCGAGCCCAGUUCAAUCGCAAUCAGUUAAGGAACCUUCCUUUCCGCUACCCACUGAUGGCCCCAAGCGUUUGAGGCGUGUAAAAUGCGAACAAUGUGGAAAAUUAUUCGCCAAAACCAAUGAUUUGAAGCGACACUACGAGUGCGUUCACUCAACUGAUGGCCCGAAGUACCGGUGCAUUUGUGGGCAUGCUCAACCCCGCAAAGAUAACCAUAAGCGGCAUGCAUGUUCCUGUGAGAACGCUAUGAAACAUCAGUCCUACAGCUGCAAAUGCAAUACAGAGCAUGUUGACAAACAGGCUCACCUGGACCAUGUUAAACAGUGUAGCGCAACAUUUUAUGGCUGCGCGGGUCGUCCAAGGCUAAACAGUGCUAUAGCACAAUAACCCGAAUAGGAAUCCAUCCUCUCAUUCUAGAGGAACUAGUAGGAUAAAGAUCCAACAUCAACGGUGGAGCCCAGCAGGUCUAUAUUGACAGGCCCUUUUCGAACACCUAAAGAUCCUUAUGGGCAACGGACCACUCAUACCCCGGCCAUUCAGUCACUACCUAAUUUAGUACCUCAACACAAGUCUCUCGUUCAAAUAACUAAUCCAUUAUUGCCUACCUAGUACGCAAAUAGAUAAGAAUAGAAAAUAUACG